AUGGAGCACCGCGCCGUGAGCAAAGCGCGCAUUGAAUGGCUUAAGAAGCUGCUUCGUGCGCCGCUCCGAUCGAAAGAAGAGCAUGCACGCACGCAAGCUGCCCUGGAACGCACGUUCUUCUUCCUCUCGGCGACUGGCGGAUCCGACUGGCUGCAGCAGGAAUGGGAUGGUCGAGUGGAAGCCAUGGUCAAUGUGAUGCACGCGCGAGCACUGAGAAUCAUGGACACAUACCUUGCCUCGCCGCCUCUCCAGGAGUCCACAUCGCCGGCAUCGGCACCUUAUUCUGCUGCCGCAGACCAUGCCCCAAAAGUCGAUGCACGCCCUCGAGAGACCGACCACCGCGAGCAACGUGACCGCGUGCGCACUAUCAUCAAGAGAAAUCAUACUGGUCCACAGCGCCUCUCGACUUCUCCUCAAGCCAACGGUACCGGCAGCAACCGAAGCGCAUCCAUCAGAAUCAAAAUCUUGGAGCACAAUCAGAAGCGCCAUCGCCCUGAUGACGAUCUGUCACCAAGCAAGCGCAUUUGCGUCCCUCUUGAAACGCCAAUCUCACAACCCACAGAUGUCGCUUCUACAUUAGUCACGUACCCGCCGCCAUCGACGCCCCUAUGCCGUCGGCCUCGACCUCUGGCUUUGCCAGGCACCGCCGGCUCUUUCCUUUCGAGAUCGACCGCUGCUCCGACAGGCCCGCCUUCAUCGACGGUGCAGAAUGGAACCGCACAGUCACCCUCCUCAACGCCGAUUCACAUCUUUACUCAGAUCUGCAAGUCCCAGCUAAAUGGUUACAUCGAUCAUUGCGCAGACGCGCCGGUGAUGCACCGAUGUGGAAAGCCGAUUCACCUGUGCAAGGUCUGGUGGACACAUGAGCGGGGCAAUGGCCCAGCAUGUCCGUCUGGACAGGGCCGUGGUAGAACGCAUCUGGACAACCACGGAGGGAAGGUCAUACACGAGCGAGUGACCUGCAAAGACGUCUUGAAGGGAAAAAUCUGUCCGAAGAUCAACGGUGGGUGUGAAUUUGCACACGAUCACGAGGGUUAUCGUCGCCAAAUCAAGAACGAGAAGCCGUCCAAGUGA